AGAACUAAUCUCCCCUGAAUCGAAAAACAGUGAGAUCAUCUUUUAUCUUUAAGCAACGAUGGUCCCUAAGAUCACAUCAAUGGCGUCAACUAGACCUCUCUGUUCAAUUCCUUACUUACUCCUAUCUUUAUCCCUCCUCUUCGUGGUCUCGCUUCUCUUCUUCUUCUCCAAUUCCUUAAUCUCCGACCCGAAUCAGAAGAUUUCACAUAUUACUCUCCAAAACGGCAUCAAUGUCUUUGUAGCUGAGCUUCCAAGAUCUCUUAACUAUGGUCUUCUCGAGAACUACUGGUCCUCUUCUUCUCCAGAUUCACGCAUACCCACCGACCCGGAUCACCCGACCCGUAAAACCCAUUUACCCAAACCCGAUACAUACCCACCGUACCCGGAGAAUCCACUGAUUAAGCAGUACAGCGCCGAGUAUUGGAUCAUGGGAGACCUUGAAACCUCACCGGAGAAACGAAUUGGAUCUUUUGCUAAAAGGGUAUUUACUGAAUCUGACGCUGAUGUAGUGUUCGUACCCUUCUUUGCGACGUUGAGUGCUGAGAUGGAGCUUGGAAAUGGCAAAGGUUCGUUUAGGAAGAAGUCUGGAAACGAAGAUUAUCAAAGGCAGAGACAAGUUCUUGAUUUUGUCAAGAACACUAAAGCUUGGAAACGAUCCAAUGGUCGUGAUCACGUUUUUGUUCUUACUGACCCAGUUGCAAUGUGGCAUGUUCGUGAGGAGAUUGCUUUAUCGAUUCUUCUGGUGGUGGAUUUUGGAGGCUGGUUUAGGCAAGAUUCUAAAUCAUCCAAUGGGACUAGCUUGCCUGAGAGGAUAGAGCAUACUCAAGUCUCUGUCAUUAAGGAUGUGAUAGUUCCAUACACGCAUCUACUUCCUAGACUAGAUUUGUCUCAGAACUUGAGACGUCACAGCCUUCUUUAUUUCAAAGGCGCUAAGCACAGACAUCGGGGAGGGUUAAUCAGAGAAAAGCUAUGGGACUUGCUGGUUGAAGAACCAGGCGUUGUCAUGGAAGAAGGUUUUCCUAAUGCAACAGGGAGGGAACAAUCGAUAAGAGGAAUGAGAAACUCAGAGUUCUGCUUGCAUCCAGCUGGUGAUACUCCCACUUCAUGCCGUCUAUUUGACGCAAUUCAAAGCCUCUGCAUCCCUGUGAUUGUCAGUGACACCAUAGAGCUCCCAUUUGAGGGAAUAAUCGAUUACUCAGAAUUCUCAGUCUUUGUCUCUGUAAGUGAUGCAUUAACACCUAAAUGGUUGGCUAAUCAUCUCAGAAAGUUCUCUGAGAGAGAGAAAGAAACAUUCAGAAGUAGAAUGGCAAAGGUUCAGACAGUUUUUGUGUAUGAUAAUGGUCAAGCCAAUGGGAUCGGACCGAUUGAACCCGAUGGUGCGGUGAAUCACAUAUGGAAGAAGGUUCAGGAGAAGGUUCCAAUGGUGAAGGAAGCAGUGAUUAGGGAAAGGAGAAAACCAGCAGGUGCUUCUGUUCCUCUUCGAUGUCAAUGUAUCUGAAUCAUACAACCAAGUCCAAAAGAAGAAAGUGUUUUUUUUUUAUUGCCUAUUUUUUUUUUGUUCACGAUCAUCAUUUAUAGCGUUUGGCAAUCAAUACAAAAUUAUAUCUAUAUUAACAUUUUUGAAGUA